ACUUUGUUUUACGGUAUAUAUUAUAUGAGUUCUGUGUUCUGAUUUUCACUUUUCCCUAAAGCCAAACACUCCCCUUUCCCCUUUUCCCCAUGGCCGUUCUUAGCCGUUGCUCCAGAGCUGUUACGGCUGCGACAACGCCGAAUGCGGCCGCCGCAAAAUUCUCUUACUUAAUUCGAGCUCUCUCUCCUUUUUCUUCUUCUUCUUCUUCUCCUUCGACUUUCGAUGCCGAUAAUGGCCUCAACAGUCGUAUUAAACCAGCCGUUUUAGGAACUUUGAAGAGAGAACCGAAGGAUAGAAAUGUCCAGUGGGUAUUUUUAGGGUGUCCUGGCGUUGGCAAAGGGACGUAUGCUUCACGGUUGUCGGAUCUUCUCGGUAUUCCUCACAUCGCCACCGGUGAUCUUGUCCGGGAUGAGCUCGCUUCCUCUGGUCCCCUUUCUUCUCAGCUAAAGGAGAUUGUUAACCAGGGCAAAUUAGUUUCAGAUGAAAUUAUAAUAGAUUUACUUUCCAAACGUCUUGAAGCAGGAGAAGCUAAGGGUGAAUCAGGGUUCAUUCUUGAUGGUUUUCCUCGGACAGUAAGACAGGCGGAAAUAUUAGAGGGGGUGACAGACAUUGACUUAGUGAUUAACCUGAAGCUUCGGGAAGAAGCAUUGCUUGCAAAAUGUCUUGGAAGAAGAAUCUGUAGUGAGUGUGGGGGGAACUAUAAUGUGGCUUGUAUCGAUAUCAAGGCAGAGAAUGGGAAGCCUGGGAUGUACAUGGCUCCACUUCCUCCCCCUCUUCAAUGUGCAUCCAAGCUUAUUACUCGAGCAGAUGAUACUGAAGAAGUUGUUAAGCAACGGCUCCGCAUAUACCAGGCGAUGACUCUACCUGUAGAGGAUUACUACCGCAGUCGUGGGAAGCUGUUAGAAUUUGAUCUUCCUGGAGGAGUCCGAGAAUCAUGGCCAAAGUUGCUCCAUGCUUUGAAUCUUGAAGAUGAAGAGGACAAACAGUCUGCAGCUGCAUGAUGUCUUACAUGGUUGUAUCAUUUGAAGUACUUACAGGUUGAACUCGGCUUUGAGUGAAUGGUUCGGAGGUGGUUGAAACGUUUUUAUUUAUUUAUAUUUAUUUAAUAAUUUAUUUAAUUUAAUUUAUUUAAAAUUUUUGAAAAAUAAUAAUAGUAAGGAUGAUAAUUUUGAGUAAGGAAGCUACUCUGCUUUAUAUAUUUCUUCGUAACUUAAAUGCAGACUCUUAGGUUCAAGGAUCACGGUGCUCCUAUUUCUUCCAUGGAAAUGAAAUUAUUGCUAUUAUUAAUAUUGAUCCCGCAUUUGCUGGGGUUUUAUUUCAAUACCAAAUUUCUUAAAUAGUAAUAAAAAGAAUUUUUAAAUUUUAGUGAGGUUUUAACAGGAGUGAAUUAAAUAUUUUAUUAUUAGUUGAUAUCAAUUGUGAUAGAGACUGAUAUUUUGAAUGAUAAAGAUUUUGGUGUAUUUUAUUAUUAGGACAUAAA